GUUACAUCAAUUCAAAUUAAAAUUCUAACUGCUCAUUUCUCUCUCUUUCUUUUUUCCUUCUCUCUCUUCCUUGUACUUUCACGAUUUUUUCUCUUCAUCUCUUUUUCUUUAUCUUAUUUUCUUCUUCAAACAGAAUCUGAAAACAUAAAAAAAAAUCAAUUAGUUUUAUACAUACAUAAUAAUAAAUUAACAAAAAAACAACAUAAAGUGAAACAACAAAAAAAUAAUAAAACAACAGCAAAAAACAUUGCAAUAAUAUGGCGUUUCCAGUUGGUGAUCUCGAGAAAUUUAAAUAACGGAGGAAAAGAGUUGAGGUGUCAUCGAGGGGAACGUUACCGAGGUACUGCAGGAAAAGUAGGAAAUUUCGUUAAGGCUGUUAUGAGAAAAUCGAAAACAAAAUACACCGGCUGCCCUUUUAUGAUAAACGUCAAACGUGAUGCAACAUCCAAAAAAUUUUGUAUCUCGGUUCCUUUAGAUGACGAGAAGGGGAUGCAUAAUCAUGCGUUUGUUGUGAAUCCCGAGGGUCAGCGACAGAUGAGCGGACUCAGCGAUCCAUCCAGAGAGAUUGUCCGUGAUAUGAGUUCUGCUCAGGCAUCACCGGCAGUAGCUCUGGCUGCAAUUCAGAAGAAACACCCUGUGGACAACGCGACUAUCCGACAAGUGUAUAAUUAUAAAGCUAAUUUGCGGAAAGAAAGUUUGGAGGGGAGAGAUGUGGCUGGGCAGCUUCUGCAUUUGGCUACGGUCAGCAAGUACAUAGUUUAUACUGAUGUUAAUCCGAACACACAGGCGUUGACACAUGUGUUUAUGUCGCAUCCACAAGCAGCCAGUCUAUUCCGGACAUAUUAUUGGUAUGUCGGUAUAGAUUCCACGUACAAAACCAACAG